UCGCGAGGGCACAACGCCGCCAGCAUGAGCCUGCCCCGGACCAUGUGCAUGACAUAUUCAAGGCCCACUCUGAUGUGUAUCGGUACCUGGUUGUUGGCCAAAAGGUCGACAACAAGGAGGUGAUGAUGCUUCUUUGCACGUUUUGCAAUAAAGUUUUCCAAGGGACUCAGUUUCAGGCCACGAGGCACUUCGUCCAGACGAACUAUUGCAAGGACGUCAACGACGAAGCGUUGUACGAGAUCGCGCGACGGACUCCACAAAAGUUCGAGUCCGAUCAGAUGGAGAGGGUUGCGAGGUAUGCAGCGGAGCGCGGACUCGAUGUGCCCGACACGGGCGCUGGAAGGGGAGGAGAGGCGGGGCGGCAUCUGGUGGAGGGAGGGGUCAGGGGAGAUGGUGGGCAUGAUGCGCCCGACCACCCAUUGGGGGGUGGAGGCGGUGACACGGGGGAGAGGAUGGAGAACUGGCUGAGGCGAGCAGGCAAGGGAUUUGCAACGGAUGGUUCUUCAAAGAGGAAGGAAGGAGAAACUGAUUCAGCUGUCACCCCAGCUGGAAAGAAGCUUCGACAACCGAAGGUGGCUGAGGUCUCCGGUGGCGAGGAGAGGAUGGAGAACUGGCUGAGGCGAGCAGGCAAGGGAUUUGCAACGGAUGGUUCUUCAAAGAGGAAGGAAGGAGAAACUGAUUCAGCUGUCACCCCAGCUGGAAAGAAGCUUCGACAACCGAAGGUGGCUGAGGUCUCCGGUGGCGAGUGGGUUGCUCGCCACAAGAAGGUCUGCCUUCACUGGCUCUAUUCCAGCGGGGUCUCCUUCAACGUCUUUCGCAACCAGGCAUGGAAGGCAUAUCAACAGGUGCUUCUUGGGCAGCCUGGCGGUUCCCCGCGCGGAAUGCUUCCCAACCACAACGAGAUUGCGAGUAUACGGGCGAUGGAGACCCACCGUGCCGAGUUGGCGGAGGAGUUGGAGGAGGGCAUGCUGGAUUGCCAGGCAGGACUCGAGGUGGAGCCUGUGCGCAUGAGCACGCGCAGGGGGAUGACGGAGGAGGAGAUUGCCCGUCAGGUUGCGCUUAUUACCCGGGAUCCCAUCGGGGCUUCCGCACCGCCCUCUGCUGAUGCCGUAUUCGGUAGACGUGCUUGCAUUUUUCGUCCCUACCCAAAGGAGGAUAACUCAGAUGAGGAGCCGGUACCCGAGGUGGUAUAUGACCCUGCGCUCCGUAUUUCCCGUGAGAUUGACGAGACGUACGACGAUCCCGACGACGAGGAGACGAGGGCACACACAACACGACGAGCGGCGGGCCGGGCGGACAGGGAGAUACUGGGGGGCGAGGAGGAGUUUUGGGACCCUUUCGGGGAGGUCGCUUCCACGGGCAAUGUGUGCGCUGACAGAGGUAGGGGUUUGUAUGCAGGCACGCGCGGCAAAGAGGCGCGGGUGAUGACCCCCACUCCGACGAGGCGAGAGUCGUCCAUGCCGCCACCUUCUACUCCGAGUCCUGCACCACCAUCGCCUGUCUCGCCACUUCAGCCGGCCACGGCAGCGGCGGACACGGAGGAGUUGGCGUCCUCCUUGCCUCAGCACGGACUUCUCCAAAGAGGCGGGGCAGUCCGCCAACGGAGGUUACGAUCGCCUUCCCCAGGGAUCUUGCAAGAGGAGGGGCCACCGUCGGCAGCACCAGUGGAGGGGAAGAUGAUAGCAGCGGCGGUGGCGGACGCGACGGUCACAGCCACGGUGGACGAGAUAGCAGCAGCAGCAGCAGCAGUGUUGGCGGAGGUGGCAGCAGCAGUGGUGGAGGAGGAGGCACCAGCGGCGACAGUGGAGGGGAUAGCAGCAGGCGUCAUAGAGGAGAUAUCAGCAUCAGGAGGAGCAGCAGCAGGAGGAGCAGCAGCAGGAGGAGCAGCAGCAGUGGAGGGGGAGGUGGCAGCAACAGUCACUGUGGAGGAGGAGGAGGCACCGUCAUUAGCUGCAGUGGAGGGGGAUGUGGCAGGACUAGUGAAGGAGGAGAUAGCCGCAGCGGCGGAGGUACCGCAUGGGGGCACUGACGAGUGCCUCAUGCAGCACUUCCUCACGGAGGAGCUCGAUCCAGUCAUAGCGGGUAUGACCCCGGGUGUGGCGAGGGGGUUGGGGAUAUCAUAUUCGGAGAUGGGGACCCACAUCGACUUUGAUUUGUCGAUGGGCCUGCCACCUAGUUGCGGCGGGGCGACAUCGACGGAUCGGGCUCCAUCGAGGUACGAGGUGGCAGGCGAGACUUUGACACAUACCCCGAGAGAGAGGACGACGACUGAGUCUCCAGAUGCAGCACGCGACAUCAUGGAGCGAGAGAGGGCUCGGUUGAUGGCAUCCAGCGACCCACGUGCGCAGGCGUUUGCACGGGGCUUAGAGGAGCGCAGGAGUCGAGAGACGGGGAGAGAUGGUGGGCUGGGUGGGGUAGUGGUGGGGGAGGAUGCUAGGGAGGUUGUGGCAGCAGAGGCGGAGGAGGGUAUGGAUGGUGGGCGACAGGCAGUGCAUGAGGCCACGGAGGGUGGACAGGAGGGGGACGAUGGGCCUAGAGACGCAUGGGCGGGAGGUCAUAAGACACAGACGGGUCCAGCAGUCCCGUUCUCGGGCCUGCACUUGGUCGAGGCCCGACGGUCGCAGCCGCCUGACGUGGCAUUUCACAUAGUGCCGCCUGUUGUCAUCGAGGAAUUAGGGUCCGAGCCGAUGGUUGAGCGUCCACGUCCUCGACGACCGGCUCCGCAGGAGGUGGAUCAUCCAUUGGAUGCAGAGGAGUUGGCAGCGGCCCCUGUGCGCGAUGUGACUCGACUGGACCGAGGGGUAUUAAACCCGAAACUAAAACAGCCCAAUUGGCAAAGGAUUCCUUCGGUUCCAUGGGCCCCUGCAUCGCCGGUGAAGUCCGGGUCUACCACCAGCGGAAGGCCGAGUACGGUAGUGGCAGGGGUUUCGGGGGGCGUGUAGAAGAGAGUGCCAGCUAAGGGCAAAAAACACGAAAUGGAAACAAAAAUAAUGAUAAAAAAACUUAAAGCGCAGUAAAAUGUUUAUUGUCGA